AUGAAAACUUCUCUAUGGACCAGCCUCAGAUCUACCAUCUCUAAUCUCAAAGAGAGAUCGUCAUCAUUAAAAAAGAACAAGGCCAUUAGAAAUGCCUUGUCCAACAAGUUAAACCUUAACGAAGAAUACCAAGCAGCCUUCAGAACAAACUCUUACGUUGAAUUCACAACAACCAACAAUAACAAAGACAACACAUCAUCAUCUUCAUUAUUGUCAUGUCUUCUCGAACCAGACCAAGAUGUGUUUCUUCAGAGCUGCAAUAAUGGCGGCCAUGUUCACCAUCUUUUAAUUGAAUAUUUCCAUGCUAGUUUUGAAGCUUUCAAAUCUUGUCAACUUCUUCUUCAAGCUUUGCAUCAAACUAGAAUCAACCAUGCCAUUAUUGUUAAUAGAGUUGCCAAGCUUACUACAACGGCUUUAAUGGCAGAUGACGACGAUAAUUGUGGCCUCGUUUAUAGGGAGGAUCAGUUAAUGUUGUUGUCUUCUUUUUGUCAACUGAAAAACCCUAAUUUUUCUAUUCUCGCCCACAUCGAUGGCCAGUUUCUUAGGUUGCAUGAAUCUCAUUCUGAGUUGCUUCAAAAACUCACAUGCAAGCGGAAUGAAAUUCGAAGAGAGUUGAGGUUGAAAAGGAUAUGGAAGAGAGCCGCCAGAGGUUGUUUUUUGAUAUCAAACGCGGCGGUUUUGGUGGCUCUACUACUAUUGGCUUUCCACAGUCUCAUCGGCAUCGUGGCGGCGCCGGGGUUGAUCACUUGCUUUGUAGGUUUAUUGAAGAAGAAAAAGAGGAGAGAUUAUAAGGUUGUUUUUUCGUCGGAGAUGGUUCUCCGACAAAUGGAGAUUGCAGCGAGGGCGACAUAUAUUACAAUGAAUGAUUUGGACACGUUGAGUCGGAUGGCGGCGAGGCUCGACGUGGAGGUGGAGCAUCUGAGGGCAGUGUGUGAGAUGUAUAUUAGAAGCAGCCGAAGAUGUGAGAUAUUGAAGGAAUUUGUUGUAGAAGAUGAUGCCGUUGUUGAGCAAAUGAAGGAUCUUCAACAACAUAUAUACUUGUGUUUACUUACAAUAAAUAGGUCUAGAAGGCUUGUUAUGAAUGAAAUUAUGGGAGAUAGGGAUCAAAGUGGCUGAAGAAUGUGUGGGGGUUAUACCAA